CUCCACCUUUUUUUGUAGGUCAUAUAUAGCAUUGAAAGAAACAUUAAAGAUUGAAUAAUGGCCGCAGCACAUCUCUGUGUGACUCCAUGCUCUCAAGUGCACUUGAAGUUAAAGAUGCUGGUGUACAGUCUUCUAGUCCUAUCUGUGGCACUUGAUGGAACGUUUGCUAACAAAUGUGAAAAUCCUUUAUCUGUGAAGAAGCAGACUAUCCUUAACCUGUUGGCAUGCUGGGAUGAUGACACUGCGAAUGGCAUCACAUCAAAUUGUGGAUACCUGACUCGAGGUGGCAACUAUGGAUACAGGAGCUGUAAGGCAAUCAAGAAUUUACAUAGCUGUGCUAAUGAUGGAAUUUACACGCUGACCACUGAAGAUGGAGUGGUCUACCAGACCUUCUGUGAUAUGACAACCAAUGGUGGAGGUUGGACACUGGUAGCAAGUGUACACGAGAACAACAUGAAUGGGAAAUGCACACAAGGAGAUCUCUGGUCCAGCCAGCAGGGAAACGACCCCAAUAAUCCAGCAGGAGAAGGAAACUGGGCAAAUUAUGCCACAUUUGGGCUACCAGAUGGUGCAACCAGUAAGGAUUACAAGAAUCCAGGAUAUUAUGAUAUUAUUGCCAAGGAUCUGGGUCUAUGGCAUGUUCCCAAUGACACACCCUUGUCUCAUUGGAGGAGCUCAUCUCUUUUAAGAUAUCAUACAGACAACGGUUUCCUUUCUAAAGAGGGUGAUAACCUCUUCCAGCUUUACAAGAAAUACCCUGUGGUGUACAAUAGUGGAGAAUGUUUGGAAAACAAUGGACCUGCGAUUCCUGUUGUUUAUGACUUUGGCAAUGCUGAGAAGACAGCAGCUUACUACUCACCAAAUGGACAACACGAGUUCACUGCCGGCUAUGUCCAGUUCCGAGCUAUUAACUCAGAAAGAGCUCCCUUGGCUCUGUGCCCCGGUAUGAAAGUGACAGGCUGCAAUGUAGAGCAUCACUGCAUCGGAGGAGCUGGUUACAUGCCAGAAGGAGCACCUCGUCAGUGCGGAGACUUUGCAUCCUUUGACUGGGACGGCUAUGGAACUCACAAGGGAUGGAGUUCCACCAAGGAGAUCACUGAGGCAGCUGUCCUACUGUUCUAUCGUUAAUCUGUAAACAGUUAUCUAUAUUCUUUUCUCUACCGUUUUUGUUUGCUUCAAUAAAAUAGAGAGUGCUUUUGCCUGAAAU